AUGCAUGAACGUCACCCCGACUUCAUCGACCAGCUCCCGUGGGGAUUUGCUCCCACCAGCAACAACGACGAACCGCUGGUCAGAUGUAAAUACACAUACUGGGAGGCAACGAAUGAAUGGAGCUUCAGCAUGAGCUGGUGCCAUCUGCUUGGCGAUGGGCUAUCGCUCUGGCGAUUUUGCGACAAUCUGCACCGCCAUUACCUCGGCCUUCCACCUAGGUUUAUACCCACUUUCGAGAAGUAUACUACAAAGCCGCCUACCCUCGAACGGUCUGCGUUGCUGGAUACUAUUCCCUUGGUGCCCCAUUUGGCGGUUGAUUAUGCACCAGAGCAUUUCUUCGCCAUGUACACGCAAAUGCUCGAGACCACCUCCCGGAUCGAUUUGCAGUUUAGCAAGGAUCAAUUGCAGAAGAUGCGCUUGAUGGCAGAGAAGCACGCGGGCGUCAAGAUUAGCACGCAAGAUGCGCUGACGGCUUACUUGAUCACUGUUCUGAAUCGCACAGAACAGGUCCCGGCUAGUUGGCUCAUGAACGUCGUGGACUACCGCGGGGUUUCGGCGGCCCCUGGGUGCGACUAUACUCCACCGCCCAUCACGUCCGCGGGUAACAUCACCCUGACGCGCUUUUCGGAUAAGAUUCCUGAUGAAGCCAAGCUCGACGUCGGACGUAUCGCUACAGUUGUCCGUGACACGAUCAGCAAAACCCGUGACCCUGAUUACUGUCGGCGGGCCGUAGCAAUCUCUGAAGAAUUAUACACACGUAGCUCGAACGCAAAUCGUUGCCAAUGGUGGUUUCCUUGGGAGGGUGGGGUAGCGGCCAAUAACUUGUAUUGUGUACCGUGGACAGGAUGCCACUUUGGCUACCCUGGCAAGGCCCGUUUUCAUGUUUACGACUCUUGGGAGAGAUACUUCCGCAUUUGGCCUGGUAAUCCGACGAAGAACGCUCAAGGGGAUUGGGAUGCAAACGAAGGGAGUGCCCGAGUCUUCUUCCGCAUCAAACACCACCAUAAGGACAAAUUCUUGGAGAUUGUCAAGGACGAUCUGCAUCGCAUGGAAGUAGUAGACAUCCUAAAGGCGAAAAUGUGAGGCCACCUGCCUGUACCGCCUGACUAUGUUAUUUUCUUUCAGAGCUCGUCGUUCAUCCCGUAGUCUUCACGCCAACCCGUCGCUGGUUUUUGUCUCAUCCGCUCCCCUCGAAAUUAUGCCUAUUUCCUGUAACGUGAAGCCCCCUUCAGAUCCUCUCUAGUAUUUUCUCCUUGUACAAUCGCUUCAGCUGUUAC